UGACUACUGAUUCCCAAUUCAUCCUGUGUCUCUUUUUUUUUUUUUAUAUAUUUUGCAUUGGAACCCACCUCUUUCCCUAAAUUAUUCUCUGCUUCAUACUUCAUUUGAUUUUUUUGUUUGUUUGUCUUGAUUUGAUGGAAGGUUUAUAGCACACAAAGGUUUGUUGCCUGACUUUUCUUAUGAUAUAAUAUUCAUAUAACUCCUCACAAUUUACCCUUGCGUCCCAAAGAAUGUCAAAUUAAAUUAAUUAUGCUAGUGCUAGAAGGAAACAAACCAUUUUCAAAUUGAAUAGAUUCAUGAACAACCCUUCAGUGACCCUCACUUUAGAGGUGCCAAAUAUAAAAUGAAACCAAAUCCUGUCUGUCAGCGUGUCCCACAAAUUUGCAACUCCAUCGCCUUAUACUUGGGUCCUUAUUCUAUGGUAUUCUAAUUUAGUUUUUUCUGAGUUGUUAUUCUUCAUCUCAGUUGUUUAAAUAGAGGUGCGAUGGGAAGCGAAGAUGCAAGAGAUCCAUUUAAAGGGGUGGAUUGGAAAGCUGUUGGUGGUGAGAUGCAGCAAAACCCUAGCGUUCAACCACCUAUCAAGAAACGACUCCCAAAGAAAGUGAGGCAAAUACCGGACUACUAUUUCCUUCCUCGAUGGCCACUAUCCUCUGCCAUGUUGUUCUGUGGUGCUUGUAUUGCCGGUGGAAUCGGUGCUGGAAUGCUUGUGGAAGCCUGGAUUGAUAAGAAAGUGAAAGAGGAUGGAGGGGUUAUAUGGGAAUUUGACAAAUAAAAUCUUGAUCUCGUUACAACCAAUGUCACAUAAACUGCCUUUCCAGCACUUCCACCUCCUCAUAAAUUGAUCUCUUGAGCAACCCUCAAAUUUCUCCUCAAUUGUAAGUUUAGGGGAUUAGUGUAACUCAGAAGUUUUUUUGUUGGUGCUGAGGACUCAAUUGAUUGGAUAGUUGAUGGAAUUAGGAAAGAAGACUACUUUUCAUGUGACCAGCACUUCCACCUCCACAUAAAGAUGUUCACUGGAUUUAUUCCAUGUGAACAUCUCAUGAAUCUAGAAAAGAUCAUAAAGAAUAAAGCCAGUGUUUAACAAUGUGGGACUUUGGGUGGUGCCUACACCCACAACUUUGUUUUGUAUUGUCAUUCAAAUGACUAGCAGCCAAAUGAUGAGCUUGCUGCUGUAGUGGUCAAGUCACCCAAGGCUAUAUCGAUUUCGUGAAUAAAGCACCUCAGAAAUGGUGCAAGCUCUCAUUUGAAUUGUUGAUCUUAUAAUUUUACCUGAAUACAUUGGAAUAUAAAUUAUUUACAAAACAUGAUAAUUAGAACUUGUUUUUUCUCUUGCUGAUAAUCGCUACAUGUUAUUGUGUAGUUCAUCGAUAAUGUAAGUAACUAUAGUAUCACCAACUCUGUACGUGAGGCGCUGAUUAUGUAACCUGAUGAUGAACAACGUUCUACCAGAAAGCAUAGAAGUUUAAUGUAUAUUACCUUUUCCUGUC